AUGUUUAGAGCUUUCAGUAGAAACAUACACACGAUAACGUCUGGCGGGAAGUACACUCUCGAGUUCAAAAAGUACCUUGCAGAUGCAAAAGGACGUCCACAGUCCUUCUUCCACGACGUCCCGCUCAACUACGACAGAGCAGAGGGCACCGUUAACAUGGUCGUGGAAAUCCCACGAUAUGAGCAGGGAAAGUUCGAGAUUUCGAAAGAACUGCCGCUCAACCCAAUAGUUCAGGACACCAAGAAAGGCAAGCCAAGAUUCAUCAACAACAUAUAUCCGUUCCACGGCUAUCCCUGCAACUACGGCGCCGUGCCUCAGACCUGGGAAGACCCAACUCUUGCCAUUGAUGUUGACGGCAAGCAGUACUACGGUGAUAACGACCCGCUUGACAUCUGUGAGAUCGGCUCCAAUGUCGACCAGGCGGCCACAGUGGGGACCCUGAAAAGGGUGAAAAUUCUCGGCUGUUUGGCAAUGAUCGACGACGGGGAGAUGGACUGGAAGCUGCUCGCCAUCGACACUGCCGACAAAUUGGCACCACACCUUCAUGACGUCCCCGAUGUCGAGGAGAAGAUGCCGUUACUCCUCGAAAACCUUACGAGGUGGUUCAAAAACUACAAAUUGCCAAUGAACAAGCCAGAAAAUGAGUUUGCGUUCCAGGGCCGCUGGCUUGGAAGAGCACGGGCUCUGGACGUCAUCGACGAAUGUCACCACAGAUGGCAGGCGCUUGUCGCCGGCAGUCACACAGGCAAGAAGUUCCCCCUUAUAGCCAAUGAAACUCUGCCAGAAACCCCGGGCUUCCAGACCGUUCAGCAACUGGAAACUGUCAAAACCGUCUUCGAAAAUAACGGAUCUGAUCACGUGCCUCUGGAAGCACGUGAAAUAUUUUACUACCGUCAAUGA